CAUUGUGCCCUCGGAGCGGGCGGCGGCGCGAUGGCGCGGGCGGCGGUCUCCCCCGGGCGGCGGGCGGCGCGGAGGGCGGGCUGAGCGCAUGGAGCGGCGCGGGCCGGGGGCUGUCGCGGCUAGGGGCCGGGCCAGGCAGGGCGCAGCCAGAGCCUCCGAGUCCCAGUUAAGGUCCAGCCGACCUAGCCUGUAGGCUGCUCUGUCGCCAAUGAACUCGAUGAAUCCCAUGAAACCUGCCCUGCCCCCCGCGCCACACGGUGAUGGUUCAUUUGCAUACGAGCCUUUGCCUUGGCAACAAGGCGCCACUCAGCCGGCCGGCUCGCUGUCUGUGGUCACUACCGUGUGGGGUGUCGGCAACACAGCGCAGAGCCAGGUUUUGGGGAACCCCAUGGGCCCUGCGGGGAGUCCCCCUGGCAGCUCCAUGAUGCCUGGUGUGGCCGGCGGCAGCUCUGCCUUGACCUCCCCGCAGUGCCUGGGACAGCAGGCGUUUGCUGACAGCGGGGCCAGCAAGGGCUAUGUGCAGCAGGGCGUGUACGGCCGCGGCGGCUACCCCAGUGGCCCCAGCUUCAACACCGGGUAUGCAGGUGGUGCAGGGGGCCUGGGCCUCCCUGCCCAUGCUGGCCGGCCCUCCACUGACUUCACACAAGCGGCUGCGGCUGCUGCUGUGGCUGCAGCUGCAGCCACGGCCACUGCCACAGCCACAGCCACCGUGGCUGCGCUGCAGGAGAAGCAGAGCCAGGAGCUGAGCCAGUAUGGCGCAAUGGGGCCUGGGCAAUCCUUUAACAGCCAGUUCCUGCAGCAUGGAAGUCCCCGGGGGCCCAGUGUCCCCGCUGGUAUGAGCCCGGCAGGCAUGGGAGGGGUGAUGGGCCCAACUGGCCUCUCGCCCAUGACCGUGAACCCCACCCGGGCAGCAGGCGUGACACCCCUGUAUGCAGGGCAGCGCCUGCCACAGCACGGCUACCCCGGGCCUCCCCAGGCCCAGCCGCUGCCCCGACAGGGGAUCAAGAGAAGCUACUCAGAGGUGUAUCCAGGGCAGCAGUACCUGCAGGGAGGCCAGUAUGUGCCCAACACUGCUCAGUACGCUCCCGGCCCCGGGCAGCCCCCCGCGCCCCCCGCCUCCUACCCUGGGCACCGGCUGCCCCUGCAGCAGCAGGGGUUGGGCCAGUCCCUGUCUGUCCCUGGCCCCGCAGGACUCCAUUACAAGCCUACAGAGCAAUUCAACGGGCAGGGUGCCAGCUUCAACGGGGCCAGCGUCAGUUACAGCCUGAGUGGGCCUGCUCGGUCCAUCCCUGGCUACCCCAGCUCCCCGCUGCCAGGGAACCCCACGCCUCCCAUGACUCCCAGCGGCAGUCUCCCCUACAUGUCCCCGAGUCAGGAGGUCAAGUCUGCCUUCCUGCCUGACCUCAAGCCAGGCUUCGGCCCCCUGCACCCAUCCUCCUCGGGGAGUGGCCCCUGUGACGAGCUGCGGCUCACCUUCCCAGUCCGGGACGGAGUGGUCCUGGAGCCCUUCCGCCUGCAGCACAAUCUGGCCGUGAGCAACCAUGCCUUCCAGCUGCGGGACUCGGUGUACAAGACCCUCACGCUGAGGCCUGACCUGGAGCUGCAGUUCAAGUGCUACCACCACGAGGACCGACAGAUGAACACCAACUGGCCAGCCUCGGUGCAGGUCAGCGUCAACGCCACGCCGCUGAGCAUCGAGCGCGGAGACAACAAGACCUCGCACAAGCCGCUCUACCUGAAGCACGUGUGCCAGCCGGGCCGCAAUACCAUCCAGAUCACCGUCACGGCUUGCUGCUGUUCCCACCUCUUCGUGCUGCAGCUGGUGCACCGGCCAGCUGUGCGCUCAGUCCUGCAGGGCCUCCUCAAGAAGCGCCUCCUGCCUGCGGAGCACUGCAUCACCAAGAUAAAGCGCAACUUCAGCAGUGGCACCAUCCCCGGAACCCCGGGUCUCAAUGGAGAGGACGGUGUGGAGCAGACGGCCAUCAAGGUGUCCCUGAAGUGCCCCAUCACCUUCCGCAGGAUCCAGCUCCCUGCCCGGGGCCAUGACUGUCGCCACAUACAGUGCUUUGACCUGGAGUCGUACCUGCAACUCAACUGUGAGCGGGGGACCUGGAGGUGCCCUGUGUGCAACAAGACAGCGUUGCUGGAGGGCCUUGAGGUGGACCAGUACAUGCUGGGCAUCCUGAUUCACAUCCAGAACUCCGACUAUGAGGAGAUCACCAUUGACCCCACGUGCAGCUGGAAGCCCGUGCCCGUGAAGCCGGACGUGCAGGCCAAGGAGGAGCCCGACGGGCCCGUGCUGAAGCGCUGCCGCACCGUGAGCCCCGCACACGUGCUCAUGCCCAGCGUGAUGGACAUGAUUGCCGCCCUGGGCCCCAGCGCCCCCUGUGCCCCCCUGCUGCCCCCUGCAGCCCCCGCCCCCAGCGACUACCCCGGCCAGGGUUCCACCUUCCUGGCGCCCAGCACCUUCCCUGAAUCUUUCCCGCCUGCCACUCCCAGCACCCCCACGGUUGCCGAGUUCACCCCGGGGCCUCCCCCCAUCUCCUACCAGUCUGACAUUCCCAGCGGCCUCUUGACACCCGAGAAGUCAGUGCCCUGUCUCCCUGGCCAGAUGGCCCCCGUGAGCCACCUGGACCCAGCGCACAACCCCGGGCCACCAGGGCUGCACACCUCCAACCUUGGAGGCCCCGCACGGCCUCAGCUGCACCAUCCGAACCCUCCCCCAGCAUCCCGGCAGCCCCUGGGCCCGCUGACCUCAGGCCCCGUUGGCGAACUGGCCUUCAGUGCUGCCACAGGCGUGCUGGGGCCCCCCAGCAUGUCCGGGGCAGGGGAGGCUCCAGAACCGGCUCUGGAUUUACUCCCAGAACUGACGAACCCUGACGAGCUGCUGUCCUACCUGGGCCCGCCUGACCUCCCCACCAGCAGCAACGAUGAUCUGCUCGCUCUGUUUGAGAACAACUGAGUCACAGAUGACACCGUGCCCUGCCCUCCGCCCCAGCCCCGGGGGAAGCCCCGCCAGGGGAGCCCCACGGGAUGCCCAGCCAGGGGAUCCCUACACAUACUUGGAUGGCCUGGGGCACCCCAGCCCUCCUCCUCCUGAGAUAGCCCAGGGGAGCC